AUGAUAUCUUGUAAAUCAGACUUAUUUGUUAAUACCACAACUGCAACUCAUAUUUCUUCUUCUUCUCAUAUAAAAAAUUCAACGCCAUCCUCUAUUAUAAACAAGAAUCAGAAAAAGACACAUUUAGAAAAUCCUAAUCUACUUCAAUUUCAGUCACAACAUAUAUUUUCUUCUCAACAAGAAUCCAAUAUCACUACUAGAAUGAAUACCAAUCAUAAAGAAGAGCAAGUCUGGUCCUCAGAUGUGGAAGCUGUUUUUCUUAAAGCAUUGGAAUCAAUUCCAAAAUUAGGCAGAAGAAAGAUCUUAGUGAAUGGAAAGCCUUGUGGUAGAAAUGAACUUAUUUCUGAUUUUAUUUUUCGUAAAACUGGUAAAGUUCGUACUCGAAAGCAAGUAUCUUCACAUAUUCAAGUGUUAAAAAAUACACGAAAAACAGAUCCUUAUUUUAUGCGUUUAUUAAAUGAUAAUGUGGAUGAAGAAGGCUUUAAUACCUCUUCUCAAUUAUUUCAGCAAAAAUAUGAAGAAGAAUUACAAUAUCAUCAUCAUCAUCAGCCUAAAAAAACAAAACAAACUAAAAGAGCCCCACGUCGUCAACAAAAUAAAUCAAGACCAAAGAGUAUAAAAUCAGUUUCUACUUCCUCUGAUGAAUCCUCUCUUAUGUCUUCUCCGUCGCAGGCCGACUUUGAUUUUAAAAUGUUAUAUCCAGAUUCACAGAUACCCCCUUCUCAUUCAACAUUAGAUCUUAAGGACCCCUUUUACGAGCCAUUCUUUGGCUGUCUAGAUUUCUCUUCUGCUUCUAUAACAAAUAACAGUAUGACUGAUCUUGCAGGCGUACAGCAUCAAAUAGAUGAAGAUUAUAUGGAAAUAUCUGCUUCCAUGCAAAACUUGUCUAAUAAUGCAACUAUGGCUUUAGAUGAACAAGUAUGUAUCCAUCAGAAUUACUCCAUGGAUGUAGAUGUCAUGGUUAUCAAAGCUCAAUCUAAUCAUCAUUUACGUUAUGUAUCAAAACGUCAAAACAAACAAAAGAAAAAAUCUGCCUUUUCUUCCUCUUCCAUUUAUAAAAAGCAACAAAGUAGUCCGCAAAAAAGGAAACAGAGAAAAUCAUUUUCAAAUAAUAAUCUUCAUAUGAAUAUAAAUCGUUUAACAGAAGAAUUAGUCACUUCUUCAUCUACUUAUUCUUUACCAGUUUUGAAUCAAACUACUUCAUUCCUAUCUCUUAGUCAAUUGAAUGCUUGGAUCGAUCCUUCUCGAUAUCCUUUAUGGCCUUGUCAUAUUAGUUUAUAUCUAGAAUAUAUACAUCCUUAUGAUCCUUCUGUGAUUAUACCUCAUACUCUUGCUCUUUUACCAGAGUGUAUACCUGUUUCUCUUACCUCUAUCAGUCCAAGUGAUAUAGAUUCAAAACUUAAAUGUCCCUCUAUUUCAGAGCUUACAAUCAGCCCUGCAAUCACGACAUUAUUCUCAAAGGUCAAGCUUAAUCUAAACCUAAACAUGGGAGAGUUUUUCUUUAAUAAUACUUGCUUCUUUGAGACACAGGAGCGUCGAACGAUUGAAUGCACAACCACCAUUUAUUCAUUUGGCAAUAUUGUAUUAGAGGCAAAAGAAGUUCAACAAGCACUUUAUAUUAAUGAAGGGAAAUACAUUUAUAACUUUGUAUAUGUCAACCAAUUCUUUGAUGCCUUUAUUAAAGGUAUUCAAGCAUUAAGUUUAUGGGAAGAAGUAGAUAUAGCAAUCAAUAAUUUAUGUGUAGUUCAAAUUUUUGAAGAUGUAGAGGCAAAAUUGAUUCAACAGCAACGGAUUCAACAACAGUUAGCACAAGAACAAUCCAUCGCUAAAGAAACGGUUGAAACCAACGUGUCACCCCAUCGUGAUACUACUUCAACCCAUUUGCAGACUGAUAAUGAUGAUUUAAAGACCUGUUCACCAUCAUCUGUAAAUACAACACCUUCAUCAUCAUCAUCAUCAUCUGAAAUACCAACUACUUCUCCUUUACUCGUCAUGAUGUAUGAGUUUGAAAGAGGACAAGGCACGAUAGAUGUUAGCCUUGUAGACAUAACAUCCUCCAGUAAUAAAGAAUUUGAUUUCAUUCAUUCCUCUGUAUCUACUACACCAAAUAAUAAUAAUAAUAAUAAUAAUAAUAUACAUACACCCAAUUUGGAUACCUAUAACUCGUCUCAUCUCAACUGUUCUCCUUGCAAUUCACAUACAUCUAAACUGGUACCAUAA